AUGUCUUUCGCAACCGGUCUAGGCUCGUCCUUACGGACAGCAUCCAGCAACAGCGCCGCUGCCACUGCCUCUUCAUCUUCCUCCGCCGCUGUUCGAUCCUUCUCCGUUUCAGCUCGAGCCUUAGCCAAGGCACGUAAGCAGCGCAAUGCCGCUGACCCAAUGGCUCUUCGCAAAAUGGCCAAAUUCAAUUACGACGAUGUUCCCACCCUCGGUCACGCCAUUCUCCAGCGCAAGCGCGAGAUGCUUCAGCUUCUCCGCACAGUUGAGUUCGAGAUCCCUAAGCUGGCCUCUUUCCGUCAAAGCUAUACUCCACCGAAGCCAUCUGAGGUCCUUCAGUUCCGAUUCCAACAUUACCAGGGCGAAAAGCACCCAGCAUCGCGCAAAGUCGUUCUUUCUGUCGAUGUCGACGCUCUCUCAAAGGCCGGUGCUGUAAAAGAUGCAAUGUCGAAGCACAAAUUGCUGUUGCUUGCGGGAAGCAGGUUCCACGCAAAGGGUGGAAAGGAAGGUUUGGAGCAGGGCAAGGGAGAAAUCAAGAUCUCCUGCGAGUUGUUCCCGAAUGAGAGACAGAACAUGAAGUGGUGUUCGGACACAUUCGAUGCGCUGGUCAGGGAGGCAAAUGUGAGGAGUGAAGAGGUGGAUGCAUUGCCAUUGGAUCCAAGGGCCGAGUUGAUCAGGGAGGACAAGAAGAGACAUUACUUGAGGGCCGAUAGGCCAUCGUUCAAGGAUUUCCCCAAGGAGUGGUUGUAA